AUGUCCAGUGUUCGCAACAUGGCAAGUCGCUUCGAGAAAAAGGCAGAGCAAUCUCUUGACAACUUGUCGUUCCGAACAGUCCGCAGCUUUUUCCCGACUGAAAAGAGUAUCCAUGUUGGUGCGGAGAAGGAAAAAUAUGAGGCUUUAGAAGCUCAGAAGACUUCGACUACAGACGAGGCUGUUGCUGAGCAAGCUGAUGGCUUCAGUACCCCGACGAGACCCACGCGGUCGGCUACUCUUCAGAACAACCACACCCCCGAACCGAUUGCUCGUCGGUAUACCGUUACGAAAGAGAGUCCGAAUGUCCGAGGGAUUGCCAGUCGAUUCGAAACCAAGCGCGCGAACUCGGUCGUCACGGCUCCAGUGCGUACGAUCGACUCGUUUAUUGUCGCCGACAGUGAAGCCAGCGUCCGAGUGUCUGCGGAGAAGGCCAAGUUCGAGAACAAGACCAACACGUCCACGCCCAUCAAGCGGACGAUCGAUUCCUUCAUCGUUUCGGACAGUGAAGCCAGCGUCCGAGUGUCAGCCGAGAAGGCCAAGUUCGAGAACAAGACCAGCACUUGUACACCUGUGAAGCGUACGAUCGACUCGUUCAUUGUUGCAGAUAGCGAGGCCAGCGUCCGAGUGUCGGCCGAGAAGGCCAUGUUCGAGAGUCAGCAGAAGUUCGCGACCCAAGUGAAGCGGACGAUUGAUACGUUUAUCGUCGCAGACAGUGAAGCCAGUGUGCGUGUGUCAGUGGAGAAGGAGAAGUUUGAGUCGCUGGAGAAACACACGACCGGUCCGACCACAAGGACGAUCGACACGUUUAUUGUCCCGGAGAGCGAGGUGAGUAUUCGGGUUGCAGCGGAGAAAGCCAAGCUGGAGGCGUUGGAGAAGCAGAAGCUGAAGGAGCUGGAGGAACAAGCGGCGAUUGAACAGCAAAAGCUCGAGAGAGCCAAGUUGCUGGCUGAAGAGAAGGCGAAACAGGAGGCGGCAGAGAAGGUGAGGCUGGAAGCAGAAGAGAAUGCGAGGCUUGAAGCGGAGGAGACAGCAAGACUGGAAGCGGAAGAACUGGCCAGGAUGGAAGCAGGGGAGAAGGCUAGACUUGAAACGGAGGAGAAGGCUAGACUCGAAGCGGAGGAGAAGGUGAGACUGGAAGCAGAGGAGAAGGCUAGAUCGGAAGCAGAAGAGACAGCAAGACUUGAAGCAGAAGAGGCAGCAAGACUUGAAGCUGAGGAGAUGGCGAAGCUCGAAGCAGAAGAGAAGGCACGGCUUGAUGCGGAGGAGAAGGCGAGACUGGAAGCUGAGGAGAAAGCUAGACUGGAGGCUGCUAGGAUUGAAGCUGAGGAGGAGGCUAGACUCGAAGCAGAGGAGAAGGCACAGCUUGAGGCGCAGGAGAAGGCAAAACUUGAGGCGGAGGAGAAGGCUAGACUUGAAGCGGAGACGAAAGCUCGACUAGAAGCGGAAGAGAAGGCAAAGCUCGAGGCGGAGGAACAAGCUCGGCUUAAAGAAGAGGAAAAUGCAAAACGUGAAGCAAUGGCAAAAGCCGAGCAUGAAGCAGCAGAGAAAGCUCGACUGGAAGCAGAAGAGAAGGCUAAACUAGAGGCUGAGGAGAAGGCUAGACUUGAAGCAGAAACGAAAGCUCGACUGGAAGCGGAGGAGCAGGCCAGGCUGGAGGCAGCAGAGAAAGCAAAGCUCGAGGCUGAGAAGGCACAGCUUGAAGCGGAGACGAAAGCUCGACUAGAAGCGGAAGAGAAGGCAAAGCUUGAGGCGGAGGAACAAGCCAGGCUUGACGCGGAAGAGAAACUCCGACUGGCUGCAGAAGAGAAAGUCAGACUGGACGCCGUAAAGCUCGAGAAGACUCGUCUCGAAGCUGAAAAGCAAGAGGCGUUGGAGAAAGCUAGACUCGAAGCAGAGGAAAAGGCCGCAAGGUUGGAAGCUGAAGAGAACGCCAGGCUUGAGGCUGAAGAGAAACUCCGACUGGAAGUAGAAGAAGCAACACUUGCAGCUGCAAAACUCCAAGCUGAGGAGAAAACUCGUCUGCAACUGGAAGAUAAGGCUAAGCAAGAGGCGGCGGAAAACGCACAGCUGACCGCCAUCAAAGCCGCCGAGGAAGCCAAAGCCAUGGAAGACGCUUCGACAACCGAAGUGGCAGCGAAGACCGUGGAGGAUGCUGAGCCUGAGGGGGUCGCAAUUAAAGAAACGCUGGCGGUCCAGGAGCCUGAAGCAUCCUCUGAAGUAGUUGAAGUAGUGCAAGGGACAAAAGAGACCGCAACAACUCAUGAAGUUACAGAGUCGGAGGUGAUAACAACGACUGAGACCAAAGAGACCAAGCAGGUUCACGUGACGGAACAAGUAGAGACCGAAGAAGUGCUGGAAGUUGAUGUAGUUCAGGAGCAAGUGACGGACGUACGCAGCGAGACGACGGAGGUUGUCCGCGAGGCCCCUGUUCGCUCCCCCAGCCUCGUAGAGAUCACAGUGGAGCACCAGACAUUCGCCGACGUGGUCUCGACAGCCCAGCACGUGCACUGGCUGUCGAUGCCUGUGAGUGCCAACCCUGCUCUUGCGCGUCUUCACACGGUACUGAACGACCAAGACCCGCUCACUGCGUACGCUCUGUACCCUACCAGUCCGACAUCUUCGGCGCACGCAGGAGAGGAAGAGGAGUUGCCGUUGCCGCAUAUUCCCACGUCCAAACCGCCAUCGCCAACCAAGUGA